CCAGCAUGAUGGGCGUUUACCAGAAAUGGUUCCUCGGCGGACCGAGAAUGGAUAGAAAGGAGUAGAGAAAAGUGUCGUCUCAGAAUCUAGUGCGGCGAGAUGGAAAGCGCACUAUCAAGCAUCAUCUUUGAAAGACACGUGCCUAGAGAAGCUCGCACCGCGAACGACGACUGGACUGGUGUCACAGAUGCGAAAGCCAGGAAAAGAGUUCAGAACAGACUAAAUCAGCGUUUAUAUCGCCGCAGACGAGCUGCUCAGCGAGAGGCUCAACGGGCGUCAGCCAGGUGCAGGAAAGAAACUGGCCGUCCAACUCUUCUCGCAGCUCGGACGCCGCACGUCAAGCCUAGCAAGGUCCAGGCGGAUGAUGUAUCUCCUGGUGCAGAACCCCCUUGUUGCGAAUGGCCACUGUAUUUUUCUCACGAUGUCUCCCGUCGGGGUCAUCUCUCAUCGCAAUCGCUGCACAACUCCCAGGCCCAAUCGAAGCCACCUGUGCAACCACCACCAUCCUGUUCACCGAAUCCGCGAGAUCGUCAUGAUCAGCAGCAGCAGCAUGAUAACCAAAGCCAUCCAGCACUCAUAAAACAGCCUCUCGAUCACUUCAACUACCAUCACCCAUCCCCAUCUUGCGCCGCCAUCCUUGAGAAUGGACAUGUCCGACGCAUUCACCACUAUGCUGCGACGACCCUCUGGCCUGCAUUUGGGCAUCAAAUCCUCAGCAGCAAUGAGACUUUGGCGUCGGCCUUCUUUCGCCUCAGCAUGACCGAUGACCUCCUCCUGAACUCCUUCAUCUGGCCAGCCGCGCUCGAAAUGUCUCUGCACUGUCCUGCCUCCCCAGAGAACGAUGCGAUUAUGCUCACCUGUCAGAACCGCUCACUGUGUCGCGUCCGCAUGCACAUCGAGAACGACACUGUCAAUGACUCGGUCAUCUUCGCCGUGCUGGCAUUCACCAUUAGCGCGACGAAUCCAGGUCGCGUUCGAAACGAAAUUCCCCGGAACAGGGACGAGGAGGAGAGGGAAGGCUCAUGUUUCGGGCUUUUCGCCCCACCGCUCCGUUCUCUGGGUUGGCUCGAUUAUUUCUCGCACUUCCGCUGGGCAGAGGCACAUGUUUCUGCAUUGAGACGUCUCGUGUUUGCUCGCGGUGACCUCGAUGUGAUCACAACUCCGGGCAUAGCGGAGCAGGUCCAGUCAACGGACAUAUUGCAGGCGAGUCUGGGCUUGAAGAAACCCAACUUCGCACUGUGUCAGCUAUACAGACACGUCCUGCUGCAUCAGGUCAGCGUGGUGCGCCCUCCGAGGGAGCGCGCGAGUGUGUUCUUCCCGGAAGGAGCGGGUCAGGAUGAUGACGAUGACAAUGAGGAAAUCAAAGAUUUGCUACUGGACAUGAAAAUGUAUUGUCGUCUCCUAGACACUGGGUCAGGGAAUCCGGCGACGUCGUCGUCGUGGGAGACACACGUCUACAGAAAUCUGAUCCAGUAUAGAUUGCUGUUGCUGCCGGAGAGUACGGGACACACGGAGCUCUGUCGAUUGGCCAUUCUGAUCUUCGCGUAUGGAGUGAUUUAUCCGCUGGCUAGGCCGGAGCCGUUGAAGGUGCUUAUUGGACGACUCAGGAGGAGGCUCGAGUCUGACGAAGCACGAGUGUCAACCUGUACGAGUAAGAGGACAGAGUUCCUAUUGUGGGUGGCUGUAAUGGGCGCGAUGGGUGCGGGCCACUCAAACGCCGACGACGAGGUUUUCUUCAUCAGUCUGAUACCCAGUCUGGUGAGUCUCAAGGCUGUCAUGAUGGAGUUUCUCUGGCUUGGUCCUGCUUGUGAUCAGGGCGCUCUGGAGCUUUGGACACAGACCCACCAUUGA